AUGCCGAUGUCGUCUGCUAGUGAUUUUCAACGUUUACAUAAUGGAAUAACAACAAAUUUACAGAAAAUUAGUAACAAUGUGACCGAUAUUGAAAGUUUAGUAAAAAAGAUUGGAACAACUGAGGAUUCAGAAACAUUAAGAGAGCGUUACCAUAAAUUACAAAAUGAUACAAAAAUUUUAUCACAAACUACAAAUCAGGCUCUUCAGCAAUUGAAUCAUAUUCCAGUACAUACAGAAGCAGAACAAAAUCGUAAGAAACUAUUGACGGAGAGUUUACCGACACAAUACUUACAAUCAUUAAAUCGUUUUCAACAAGCACAACGUUUGGGUGUUCAAAAGGAAAGAGAAAGUUUAAAUAGAGCAAGAGCCCAAUCGCAAGAGGGCGUGACAUUAUUCGAUAAUCGAGAACAAGAACCGUUUGGCUCGACCUAUAAAAGCCCUCAACAACAAACUCAAGCUAUUUUAGCUGUAGAAAAUCAUGUUGAUUUAAAAACAAUUCAUGAGAGAGAUCAACAAUUAAGAAGAUUAGAGGGUGACAUAGUUCAAGUGAAUGAAAUUUUUAAAGAUGUCUCAAAACUUGUCCACGAACAGGGCGAAAUUAUAGAUCACAUUGAGGUUCACAUAGAUACUGCUCAACAUGAUGUACAGCAAGCAUCAAGUUCAUUAAAGCAUGCGGUUGGCUCUCAAGUACGUGCAGUAGAAAUAUGUCAUUCAAAUAUUGAGCAUCCACGUUGA